CGUGAACGAAGAACAACGGGCCAGAGCCCAUCAAGCAGAAUAAGAGGACUCCGAUAACCCUAGAGCCACACUCUCCCCCGUCUGUAUUUCCUUCCACGCGCCGCCGCUCUGUUGGUUUUCUCUCGCUCGACUGCUCUUCAACCAGCCCUCCUCGAUCACGCGAGCCUGUUCCGUGCUACUCCUUCCCGCACCACCGUAUGCUCGACCCCAACUCGCCUCUGUCCAUGACAACACUCAGCAGCGGCCCAAAUCGAGCGGAGGAUCCCCUCAGGUCCGACGAGGUCAUGGAUGCUUCUGGCUCGGGUGGAGAAUAUCCUACUCCAUCUCCUUCGGAUCUGCCUUAAAAUAUUGAGAAACUUCGUGAAGUUGGUCCGUCUAUGGUAACUAUUGAAUUUUCUCCUCCCCCUACUGCCAACAAACCAGUUGUAUAUGGGACGGGUACAGUUCUUAUGGUUGAGAAUAAUGACAGUCUAGUAGUGACUAUAAUUCCAAAGCUGCUGUCAGAUGGUAAAUUGUUUAUAGACGAAUUAACAAUAUCUGUCUGGUUCCACAAUGAGAAAGAAAAAAUUCCUGCUAUAGUAGUUGUUGACGAUAAUAUUGAACUUGCGAUCCUUCUGGUCAAAGGGGACAGCCCACGUAAAUCCAUUUCUUUGGGCGAAUUUGCCAAGGAACAGAAGUACCAAUAUGAUGUUGUCUAUGCCAUUGCUACAAUGGCCGCAACGAAAUUACAUCCAGACUCAACUGUACUGCUAAAUGAGCCGUUUGGGAGUCUUGGAAUUUAUGAGGGUCAUAUCACUACACCUAAUUGCACUGCGUCUACUCUUCAAAAUAGUGUUGUUUCUGAGAGUAAACGGUAUUUCAAGUUGUCCUGCAUGUAUAUGGAUCACAUGCUUACACUUGAUAACAUUGAUGAUGAAGAAGGGCAUCAGUCUAGCCGCGUUCUAGGAGCCCCGGUUAUUGGUUACGAUUCUAAGAUGAUUGGGAUAGUAUGCUCAGUAGCUACAUCUGAUGAUCUGAAAUAUGCAAUCCAUGUGGAACAUAUGAUCAAGCCCAUUGAAGAUAUGUGCGACAAACAUUCCAAAGAGAUCCUUCAUUCAAAGAAGAUUUGGUUGGACUGGGAGGGAAAAUUGAAGAAGGUCUAUACUGCUGUACAAAAAGCGUGACAAUAAAAGGGAUCCAAUCAGAGUGGUGUUGAUCGGACAUGGAGUGGCUUAAUUCUCAUUUUGGGCUGCAUGUUUAAUUAUCUGCUUAGACUUAUUAUUUGUUCAGAUACUUAGUUUAUUUUGCUGCUUAGAAUUGUUCUUCGGCUCUGUUUAAAUAUGGUAUUUUAUGACAAUAUGUUAUUGAGAUAUUAUGAGAGAUGAUUGUUUCUUGGGAAUUUUCU